GCGUGUACUGGCCCUCUCUAUCAAAUGAGGAUAUCCGUUUUUUGAAAUUUUUGAGGGCGACUACAAAAUAACAAAAAUUUACACCUAAUUUCCCCUCCAUUUUCUCGUUCACUUGUCUCUGUCUCUCUCUUCUCUUCUUCACAGCUCCAGCUCAGAAGAGGUCCCAUGGAGUCUUCUCUCUAGGGUUUCUGUAUGCCCUUAACUUGCUAAACCAAAAUUCCGGGAAAGUCUACCGGAAUUUGAGAGGAAGAUAUUUUUUUCCUUUUUCUGCAAAUAUUUGAAUUUAAAUAUUAGCAUUUGAUUUGGAAAUGCCAGCUCGCCGGUCGAGGCCGGAGAGCCUGGAUGAGUCGAAGCAGCUCCGGCGGGACCCAUAUGAGGUCCUUGGCGUAUCCAGGAACUCCACCGACCAGGAAAUCAAGAGCGCGUACCGCAAAAUGGCUCUCAAGUACCAUCCUGACAAGAAUGCUAAUGAUCCUGAAGCAGCUGAUAUGUUUAAAGAAGUUACAUUUUCCUAUACUAUCUUGUCUGAUCCAGACAAACGACGCCAGUAUGAUUCAGCUGGUUUUGAGGCUGUUGAAUCAGAAAGUCAAGAAUUGGAGCUAGAUCUUUCAAGCUUGGGCACUGUGAACACUAUGUUCGCAGCACUCUUUAGUAAACUUGGUGUGCCAAUUAAGACCACUGUAUCAGCAACUGUCUUGGAGGAGGCACUUAACGGUGUGGUCUCUAUUCGUCCACUUCCACUUGGGCAAUCUAUUACUAGAAAGGUUGAAAAGCAAUGUGCUCACUUCUACUCUGUAACAAUAACAGAAGAGGAAGCAAGAGCUGGAUUUGUCUGUCGAGUGCAAUCAUCUGACAAAAGCAAAUUCAAGUUAUUGUAUUUUGACCAGGAAGAAAACGGUGGACUGAGCCUUGCUCUACAGGAGGACAGUGCUAAAACAGGAAAGGUUACAUCUGCUGGAAUGUAUUUUCUUUGUUUCCCUGUUUAUCGGUUUGAUCAGGCAGUCAACUCGAUUGCAGCUGCAAAGGAUGCUGAUGCUGCCUUCUUCAAGAAAUUGGAUGGGUUUCAGCCAUGUGAAAUAACUGAACUUAAGGCUGGCACCCAUGUUUUUGCUGUCUAUGGUGACAAUUUUUUCAAAAGUGCAAGCUACUCAAUAGAAGCUCUUUGUGCUGCACCAUUUGCAGGAGAGAAGAUAAAUCUGCGAGAUGUUGAAGCUCAAGUUCUUGAAAAAAGGAUAGAAAUAUCCAAGUUUGAAAGUGAAUAUAGAGAGGUCUUGGCACAAUUUACAGAAAUGACCAGCAGAUAUGCACAAGAAAUGCAAGAAAUUGAUGAGCUUCUUAGACAAAGGAAUGAAAUUCAUGCCUCAUACACAUCUGCUCCACCGAUGAAGCGGAGCACAAGUAAGAGCAGAAGUAAGAGUUCACCUAGGGAGGCCAAAGAAGACGGACAACUGAGAGAUAAGAAACCUUCAAUUAGGGAUAGAAGCAAGAAAAAGAAAUGGUUCAAUAUUCACUUAAAAGUUGACAAGAGAAAGCCUUGCUAAAAUAUGAUGGAUACGGGAAGCUGAGUCAUAUAACAGGAUUGAUGCAUAAUCUCCGUGUCUGCAAUCAUAAAUUUGUUUUGAUGGUUAAACAAGGCCUUGACGAUGUGUCAAUAGAUGAUGAAGUGCAAAUGCUCUAUUUCUUCAGCUUGUAUCGGAGGAUGACAAUGGCCGUUUUUAUUGUAUACUUCCCUUUUAUCUCCUUCCUGCAAGAAUAUCUGUAAAUUGCAUAAUUUAUUCAUGGAGAGCUCUAGAUUCGCCCCUUCUUUUCCGUUGAAAUACUUUGUACUUUUGCCCAUCUAGGAUUUGUUGAUAGCUAACUUCAAUCACUGCACUGUGAUUUUGGGGGGUGGAAAGUCCGAUUUGUAGAGAAUAAAUUGAUAUGUUUCGUCAA